AGAAAAAGCGUUCUUCUUUUUUUCCCUCCUACCAUCGUCAUCCCCAUCCCCAUCGCCGAGUCGCCGUUGCUUGUCAUGCUUUCAAAGGUCACUUCUUUCAAGGUAAGAGGGCAAGCUUCUAUGUUGCCAAACAUUAGGAAAAGUUGGUUUGGAAAACAUGUACUGUAUGGCUUGGGCAAUAUUGUUCUAAGACCUAUCAAAUUACUCAGAGGGGGAAGCCAGUUACUGGGAGUUUCGAAUUUUUGUAGUAUCUCUGGUUUAGAUUCUUCCUUGCAAAUUGAAUUGGUGCCUUGCCUACAUGAUAAUUAUGCAUAUCUUUUGCGUGAUAAUGACACUGGUACAGUUGGUGUUGUUGAUCCUUCAGAUGCUGUACCUGUUAUAGAUGCAUUAAGACGAAGAAAUCAGAACUUAACAUAUAUCCUCAAUACUCAUCAUCAUUAUGAUCACAUUGGCGGUAAUAUGGAGCUUAAAGAAAGGUAUGGUGCAAAGGUGAUUGGUUCUGGCAAAGAUAAAGAUUGCAUUCCUGGCAUUGAUAUAGCCCUUCACGAUGGCGAUACAUGGAUGUUUGCAGGCCAUCAGGUGCUUGUAAUAGAAACCCCUGGUCACACACAAGGUCAUAUAAGCUUUUACUUCCCAGGUUGUGGAGCAUUAUUUACAGGGGACACUCUGUUUAGCUUAUCGUGUGGCAAAGUUUUCGAGGGAAACUCGGAUCAGAUGCUUGCUUCACUUCAAAAAAUCAUGGCCUUGCCAGAUGAUACGGCUAUAUACUGUGGACAUGAGUAUACUCUGAGUAAUUCCAAGUUUGCAUUGUCCAUAGAACCCAAAAAUAAGGAACUAGCUGAGUAUGCUUCUCAGAUCGCUCAGCUCCGCUAUAAGAACCUUCCAACGAUCCCAACAACACUGAAGUUGGAGAAGCAUUGCAACCCAUUUUUGAGAACAAGCAGUGCAGAAAUUAGACGCAGCCUAGGCAUUCCAGCUUCUGCCAGCGAUGCUGAAGUAUUGGGCCUCAUCCGCCAAGCAAAAGACAAUUUCUAGGGUGGUUUUUCAAUUGUAUUUAAGAAAGUAACUUUCCUGUAUAGAUUCAAGAGAAUCAAAUUUGUCAGUUUAUAUUGCCCUGCAGAAAUUUGCUAUGCUGGGCCUACCAUUAAAUUGAUGAGAAGAAUCAACACCCCAACCAAACCACAAUGUUUGUAAAUGAAUUAGAUGUAUUACAGUAACAGCUGUUAGUUUGUUA